GUGGGGGAAAUGAAUUAACACUAAAGCAAACGAAUAACUGUCAAACAGUGGACUGAAUCUUCACCCAAUCACCCCGUUUCAGGAAUCUAAAAAAAAACUCCACCAUCAUCAUCAUCCUCCCUUCUUAUUUCUUUUUUCGCAGGCGUCCCCAGCAAGUAAUAUCCCCUUUUUUUUUCCUUCAUUUUCCCGGGUUUAUUACUUUUAUGUUUUAUCCAAUCAUCAUCCUCCUUUUUUUUCCUUUUUUUAUUUCCCUCCUCAUUUUAUUUCUCUUAUAUAAUAUCUCUUGGCUUGCAAACUUCAGUUUCCUCCCUUUUCAAGUUUUCUUGUUUUUAUCAUUUUUCACCCAAACUUUCUCUCUCCUAAAAUAAACAAUUAAUCAAUCAAAGGUUAAUACAUUUUUCUUCAAUCUCUUCUUAUAUAUUUCUUCUUGAAUUUUCGCCGAAAAAAGGGUUAUGAUUUCUUCUAAUCUUGGUUGUUUAAUUUCUCAGAAUCUUUGAUCAUUUCUCCUUAUAUUCAUUUUUGUUCACUUUAAUAAGAUAGAUAUACGUGAAGUAUAUGAUUUCGUAACGUAACGAUUAUAUAAUCUUUACGAAUUUGAUCAUCGAAAGAAGAAAAUGUUGGGAGAAUUCAUCGGUCGAGGACUUUUUAUGAUAUUGGGAUAUGCUUACCCAGCAUUUGAGUGCUUUAAGACGGUUGAGAGGAACAAGGUUAACAUUGAUGAACUUCGAUUUUGGUGUCAAUAUUGGAUCAUUGUUGCUGUACUUUCAGUAUGUGAGAGGUUUGGGGAUAUAUUCAUUUCUUGGGUUCCAUUUUACGGAGAGCUGAAGUUGGCAUUUAUCAUCUACCUUUGGUAUCCACAAACAAAGGGAACUUCCUAUGUGUACGAGAGCUUGUUGAGGCCAUUUGUGUCGAAACAUGAGACCGACAUCGACAAGAAUUUGCAGGAGAUUAGAUACAGAGCUUGGGAUUUAGCUAUUUACUACUGGCAAAACUGUACUGACUUGGGUUCAUCAGCAUUCUUCAAUGUGCUUGAAUAUGUAGCCAACCAGUCUUCCAAGUUUAAGGGAGCUAGCAGUCAGAAAAAUGACCAGAAUCAACGACGUAGAGGCAGUCCACCUCCACCUUCAAACGGGUCCAGCCUAUGGCCCCUCCGACAACGGAAGCCGAAACCAGAAUCACCAGCUGCUUCGCCACGGCACCCGAAUAACCAGCCAGCUCCAUCUGCACCUCCACUUCCAGCCACAUUCCCCUCAUUGUUCAAAUCAGAGGCUACAAAGUCCAAGUCAAAAGUGGUCCAAAUGGAGCUUGAUGAAGCCCAAACUGGAUAUAUUCAUGUUGAGGAAAUCUCCGAAGAAGCCCAUACCAAAAGCCCAACAAAAGAAAAGAGCAAGUUGAGCCCAGCCCGUUUAAAAUUUAGGCGGUCCAAACCCAUUCAAUGAGUAGUACCUAACACCAUUUUUACUCAAAAUCCACUGUACAAAAAGUCAAAUCCCAAUGUAUGAUAUUACCCACCAAAAAAACAAGAAAAAAUGAAAAAAAUAUAAAUAAGCACACAAUUUUUACUUUUAUUUCUUGCCUCAUGUUUUGUAAUUACAAAUUGCCACCGGCCCACCAAACGCAUAGUACACCCAGUUCACCAGAGCUUAUCUUCAAUUACUAUAUUCGCAUCGACUCAUGUCAUACACCUGUUUUUUUACGGGCGAGUCAAUCAACAAGAGUUUCUCCAUACCGACCUCCCUUAAGCGACACCAAACAAAUUAGUAAAUAAGGAGAGAAAAAAGAAAAAGAAUAGAAUAAAUCGUUAUCUGCAGAGGAUGAGCCACAAAGCGUCGACCAACCAGUCAUAGACACGUGCAGCAGUUUCCGAUAAAACUCGUCGGAAAUUAGCGAUAA